CCGGGAAAAUUUCGUGGAAACUGUGCUUCCUUUUGCAGGCAAGUUCAUUGACCUCAAAGCUUAUUUCUUUCUAUGAGAUAUUUCUAAGGGAUAUUGGUUCGGGAAUAGAUACCAACAGAAGGUUCUUUAAUAAUGGAAUAUCAGGUUUGUAGAAUAACUGAGAGAUAUUGUGUAGUUCGUGAAUGGUCUGAAAAAGUUCAGCAGGAGAAUGGGGAUCGUUUGAAGAAAUGCUAUGUGUCAGUAUUGCCUGACCGUGUGCGUUUGGAUGUCCAACAAAAUGACCUCUGUGAGUUACAGGAUAUGUGGAAUCAGUGGAGUAUGGAAGAUAAAGAGAGUUUUAGUCAGAAAUAUGGGGAUAUAGCACUCCUGAUGCCAGUCAAAGUCAAUGAACCGCUUAUCCAAGCUGCAAUACAGUUUUGGAACCCAGCUUAUAGGUGUUUCACCUUCAAUUAGGAGGAUAUGACACCGACUAUAGAAGAGUAUACCACCUUGUUGCGAAUAGAGUCAGCUUCAAUCGGUAAGAUAUACUGCAAGCAAGACAAGCCAACAUCGUUGAAAAAGUAUCUUGCAAUGAUAACAGGAAUGGAGACCAAAUGCUUCGAAGAUCAGAUCUUGAAAAUAGGUAAUAGCAAAUGCAUCCCAUGGAACGACCUUCGGGAGUUACUUCAAAAUGAUCUAGACAAUGAAAAAAGGAUGGAUAUUUUUGCUUUGGCAGUUUAUGGUUUGGUGAUUUUUCCAAAAAAAACUAGGGCAUGUGGAGGCUGCCGUAGUUGAUAUGUUUUGGAAAUUGAAACAUAAAAUCAAUCCCUCUCCGACAAUUUUGGCGGAAACCAUUUUUAUCCCUCAACUAUUGUAAGAAGAAUGGGGAAGGAAGAUUUUAUCUGGGUGUGCACAACUUCUCCACGUUUGGAUAAUGAGCCAUUUUUGUAAAAAAGAGAAGGUGCUUCUACGUCCAUAAUUGACAUCAUUAGUAUCAAUGUCGGAUUUUAUCAAGAGUGAGUGGUCAGAGAAUGCCACAGUAGAACAGUGGGUUGCUAUUUUCAGAAAUCUUAGAAAGGAAGAUGUCACAUGGAGAGCACCUUGGAUGAAACAUUGCCCUCUACUAUACAGGUGUGGAAAUAAGAAUUGGGUUCCACUGCUAGGAUUAUGGGGUGGUGUCAGUUACGCGCCUUUGAUGGUGCAAAGGCAGUUUGGUUUUAUGCAGUUUAUACCCGUGACCCAUGGGCUAGAUCAGUUAGAGUUUCCUUAUUGGUCUCAAAGUCACGUGAGAGAAAAAUCCACGAAGGUUUCGUAGCUUGGAAACAAACCUUCUAUCUAGAGGCAACCAAAUACACGGAUGGGCUCACCCCAAAUUAUGAGAUAUGGAGAGCACAAAGAGUAAAUGAUAAGAUAGUAAUGCCCCUGGAUCUACAGUUGAGAGCAGUACAGUUAGAGUUGAAUUUUGUGAGGCAGCAAUCUGAGCAUGAGAAAGCUAGGUUGAAUGAAGAGAUUGCUAGACUACAAGAAGAAAAUCGUCAGGUAAAGGGGAAGAGAAAAAAUGAUACGUCAAAGGAUGACUUAGGGGAGUUUCAGUUAGAGAACAAGAAACUUCACCUUACCACGGAGGACACCAGGUUAGGCAAAUCACUUAAGGACUGGGAAAAGGAGAUUAGUGAUCUUAAGGGAGAGAGGGAGUUCUGGAAGAACAAGUCAAUGAAAGAUGAGGAGAAGGUUGUGGGGCUCUCCCAAGAGGUACAGACAUGGGAAGUCGUCUGUUCUGCUGUCAUUGAUAGGCUCACCGAAAGCCAAAGGGAAAAUGAAGAUCUGAGGGCCCUAUUUGAAGUGGAGAAGGAGACUUUGUUGGAGGGAAUCCGGGACUUGGAAUGUUCUGUACAGGGCCACAAGGAUCGUUUUGAUUCUCUCUUGAUGACUUUGGACGAUAAAGACAGAGAGUGGCAGAACAAACUACAUGUGUCGGAGGAAGCUUGCUGUGAGAAGAGCAUUGACCGCUUGGUUUCUCAGAUCCGUGGAGUAGUUCGAAGGGUGACUGAUGUGUCUGUAGCUUCUGAAGCUAUGAAACAAGAGAUCAGUCAAUCCGGGAAACAUGGGCAGAUGUUGCUGACAUUCUUGGAAGAAGUAAAGAAACAGUGUGAUCAUGUUAGACGUUUUAGUGAUUGAUGAAAGCUGGUUUUGUUGAGGCUAUUCCCUACAGAAAGAACAGGGGCUGUAUAAGUCAAAAUUAAGCAUAUAAACGUAUAUGCAUGUAUAUAUGUAGCG